AUGAGUACACAGGCUGCACCGCUGUCCUUGGACACUUCCGUCGUCACAUUACGCACUGUGCUGCUACUCGCAGGCGUCUGGCUGGCAUACGAAAUCCUCAAGGCCCUGUACAACCUGUCCCCUCUCCAUCCGCUGAGCGGCAUCCCCGGACCGAAGCUGGCUGCAGCAACGUACCUGCCGGAAUUUUACUACGAUGUCGUCCAAUUCGGGUGCUACACAAAACAAAUCAUGAAAAUGCAUGAGACAUAUGGCCCUAUCGUUCGAAUCAACCCCCACGAAGUACACUGCAACGAUAUCAGCUUCGCAGAGGACAUCUAUGCUGUCGGCGGGCGCAAACGCGACAAGCCUGUGCAUCAGAUCAACGGCUCAGCUCUCGGACAAGCUGGCUUUGGGACAGUAGACCACAACCUCCACCGUCUUCGGCGCAUCCCGUUGGCCAAGUUCUUCUCGCGCAGCAUGAUCUCGCGGCUCGAGCCCGAAGUUCACGUCUUAGUACAAAAGCUCUGUGAUAAGCUCCUUGCGCAAUCUGGAGACAAGAAGGCGUUUGAUAUAACCAUGGCUUACAGCUGUUUCACCAGUGACGCCAUUUCCGGUUACAGCUUCGGAGAAAGCUUUGGUUUCCUGGAUCAGAAAGGGUGGUAUCCCAACUUCCGUGAGCCAACAGCCGCUCUCCUCCGACCCGUCUUCAUCUUCCGUUUUUUUCCCUGGACAAGAGCUAGUGCAGGGUUGGGCAAGUGGAUCGUUGAUUACAUGCCAAAAGAUCAAGCCAUGUUUGUCCGCACACUGCAAAUUGACAUGCCUGCAAGAGUCAGGAAGGUAAGAGCAGAUCUCGACGCUGGCAUCACCUACGAUCGUCCCACCAUUUUUGCGUCUCUCCUGCAGUCUGACUUGGAGGCUCUUGAUAAGGAGCCGCAGCGUCUGGCCGAUGAGGCUGCUGCAGUGAUUGGUGCCGGCACCGAAACCACAAGUUGGGCCUUGACCGUCAUAACAUACCAUUUGUUGACUCAGCCCGAACUUCUCGCCAAACUUACAAGUGAACUGCGAACGGUUGUGGAAGAUGAGCGUCACCUACCGGAUUGGAAUACACUUGAAAACUUACCGUAUCUGGGCGCAGUCAUUCAGGAGGGUCUGCGUUUGUCGUACGGUGUAUCUGCACGUACCGCUCGUGUCGCAACCGACGAGAACUUGGUCUAUCGUGGAGAGUGGAACAAGAAAUCCGUCCAGCUCGUCAUUCCCCGAGGCUAUGCUGUAGGCAUGUCGGCAGUCAUUACACACCACGAUGAAAAGGCAUUUCCAUCCUCCCACGCUUUCAUUCCCGAGCGCUGGCUGGAUGAGAACAACCGGCGAAGGAAAGACGUGGAGCGCAGUAUGCUUGCCUUCUCCAAGGGAAGUAGAUCGUGUUUGGGCAUGAAUCUUGCGUUGUGUGAGCUCAGCUUGUGCCUUGCCGCACUAGUGCUUCGCGUUCUGCCCCACAUGCGUUUGUCUGAUACAGUGAUGGAGGAUCUUGCAUACCAUCAUGAUAUGUUCAUUCCCAUGACGAAAGACGGGAGAGGAGUGCGACACAGACUGCGGCCUGACGUGAUGCGGACAGAUGAUAAUCUUCCGCUGGAAAGUCCGCAUAAACUUUAUAUUCACGUUGGUAUUGUCCUCGCGACAGCUUUUGCUCUAUAUUAUAUAUUGACUUUUUCCUCAGGGUUGAUGUCUUCCCCAUCGUCUGCACAGAGUGAACAACAGGAUAGGACUCACACGUUAGAGGAGAAUCACAGCAUGUCAACAACGGUCGACCCCAACGCAACAACAAUCCCGCUAGAUGGAUUUCCACUAGCUAUCUUAUGCGUGUCAUGCGUGCUGCUUGCACUCUCCAUCGUUUCAGUGGCAUUACGAACCUAUAUUCGACUCGCAAGGAAGACAUUUGGUCUGGAUGAUACCUUGGUAGUUGCCGGAACUGUCGUUUAUUCAGCCGUCGUCGGUCUGACAAUUUACGGAGUUCUCAUCGGAUUAGGAAGACUAGAGAAGGACCUCAAUCUGUGGCAAUGGUCUGAAGCUAUGAAAAUCUACAUCAUCUGGAUUUUGAUGUAUGUUAUUGCGCUGGCGCUCAUCAAAUCCUCAGUCUGCAUUACCAUCUUGCGCAUCGCCUCCACCAAAACGCCUCUACGGAUCACUGUCUGGGUCCUACUUGCGGUCACCUGGGCAUCGUUUUUUAUCACGUUUGUGGGUACGUUGACCUACUGCCGACCAGUCAACGCCAUAUGGACGCCAUCUUUGAUUCUGAGCGGGAAGGGAACGUGUGCACCUGUGGACACUUUUGUCAUAAUCGGCCAUACAGCCACUGUCAGUACAAUUGCGACUGAUUUAGCCCUGGUCAUAGUGCCUGGAGUCUUGUUGUGGAACACACAAAUGAAGAGGCAGGCGAAACUACAAGCAUUUGGACUGUUGUCGUUUGCUUCAGUAGCGUCAAUCAUCACCAUGGUGCGCAUACCGUAUGUCAACAAAUUCGAAAAGAUGACAAACCUGCAAUUUUGGGUCGCACACACUGUACUUUGCUCCAAUAUCGAAACAGGCAUUGGCUGCAUCGCCUCCUCGAUCCCAUCCCUGCGACAUUACCUCCGCCGGCACAGUGGCGAUAGCAGUUCUGGACCUAGUAACGGACGGAGUAAUAAGCGCAUCGACUCAGAGCCUGAACAGCGAUCGCGCCGUGUUCGUGAAGGUUUCCGGAGUCCUACGGAGUCAGGGUUCAAUCUAAGCCCGGUGCAUGGUAGGCCCGAGGACAAGUGGCAGAGACUGAGCGAUGAGGAGGUGGAACGGGGAAUUCGCAAGGACAAGGGGUUUCACGUUGAUGUCGUGGUGAAUUCGGCUAUGAAUACGACGGACAGCUUAGUGGGUCAGGCUCGAUGA